AUGGACCGUGCUCACCGUAUCGGCCAAAAGAAGGUCGUCAACGUCUACCGCCUGAUUACCAGAGGCACUCUGGAAGAGAAAAUUCUGAACCUACAAAGAUUCAAGAUCGACGUCGCUUCUACGGUAGUCAAUCAACAAAACGCCGGCCUAGGAACCAUGGACACAGACCAACUCCUGGAUCUCUUCAAUCUGGGCGAAACAGCAGACACAGCCGAGAAACUCGAUGCCACCGGCAACGAAGUCGACAUGGUCGACAUUGACGGCGAAGUCAAAGAAAAGGGCAAAAAGGGCUGGCUAGACGACCUAGGCGAGCUCUGGGACGAUCGCCAAUACCAGGAAGAGUACAACCUGGAUUCGUUCCUGGAAACCAUGAAGAAUUGA